GUCUGUCAGGUUUCAUUUGUACAGGGGACAAAGAUGUAUAGAUUAGUUCUCCAGCUUUGUUGUCUCCCCGCCUCUACGCCCGACCAACAGGUUAAACAUUGGACCCAUACCGGAGAAGGAUACAGUGUUUGGCCAAACAUCCGCGGGAGGCUGAUGAGGCAGCGGAGGACAGACUGGGAGGAAACGGAGCUGCUCAAGGUAGGAACCCCAAUGCAUUCAUUUUUUUCCUGAAAAUGUGUGUGGAAUCACCUUUUUCAGCUGCUACUGUUUGUACUGUACGCCCCACCCCACCAAAUGAACAGAUAUAAAAUGAAAACUUGAAACAUGACAACCACUCAUUAGACCUAAUUUAUGACUUUGGUAAGAAUGGCGGCCUUUCUCCCGGAUUUUCUGCUCCUAUUCUGGUUAUAUGAUCAUCAACUCUUCACAUCCAUGCCGUGUAUUCUUGUUAAGUGACGACAACAAGCCAGGGCCUCCCAUUUCGCUCUUCGCUUGAUGAAUGGAUGUUUUCGGCAGCGCAGGAAGUCUAUAAAAGGACUCUGUAGGCGACGCCCCAAACCCUAAUGAGCAGAUGUUGAAAUAGUCCUCGCCGCAAUGGGAUAGGGAGAACAGGGUGGGGGGGUUGUUAUUGGGAAGACCAAUCAUGGGACCUUUGGUAUCAUGUUCCAUAUUGUAGUGGAAGCGUGUGGAUGUUGAUGCUGGAAUUUAGACCACAUUUAAAAGUGCUUUUAGUAACACGCCCUUUUGUGUGUCUGUCGCUUUAAUGCUAAUGAGUUGUGAGGCUGUCUUCAACCACGGUAAUAAUUUCCAUAUGUCAUAGCUAUGACCCACAAAACGCUUUUGUGCUUUAGGUCAUUUAAACCUGCAAUAAAAGAUCAAGUCUGGUGCUUGUCUCACCAAAGAAUUAGUGACACCUAGUGACCAAAGUAGAAUACUACAUUCAUAAUUUGAAUGGUGGUCUUAAUAGUUCACUGAGCCAUUAUUAUUAUUAUUAUUAUCCCAGCUGUCUUCAGGCGAGAGCGGGGUGGCCAGCCAAUCACAGGGCACAUAUAGACAAACAACCAUUCACACUCACAUUCAUUCCUAUGGACAAUUUGGAGUCGCCAAUUAACCUAGCAUGUUUUUGGAAUGUGGGAGGAAACCCGCACAAGUACAACAUACAGCAAACUCCACACAGAGAUGCCCAAGCGGCCACCAACCAUUGUGGCAUAACAGGGGACGUUGAAUGUGGGCUCCAUCAUUAUCAGCAGAUUAAUUGUGUGUGUUGUGGUCCAGUGAACAUCUCAUCUCUCAUCUGAUGAUUGUCCCCAGCAGUCCGCAUGAGAUUAGUCACACGUCACACUCCACAGAUUAGGCUGUAGUUUUGGUCCAUGGUCGAAACCCCCCCAACCCCCCCGACCCCACUCAUCUCCACAUACACUUUGAGAGGGAGGAGUGCCGGACGGCGGGAGGGGCAAAGAGCUUGGAGAGCUUGGGUGAAAGUUGCAGGAGCUGCAGAGGGACACGAGCUGAGAAGAAGGUUGCUAGGCAGAUUUAUACUUUGGAGUGUGUGUGUAUAAGUCAUGGAAGCGGAGCAUUUAAGUGGCGGAGGGGUCAAACCCGAGCGGGGCAACGGCCGUCGCUACAGGAUAGCAUUUAUCGUGUGUGCCUUGCUCUGUGGGGUUCUUCUACUCGCACUUAUACUGGUUUCCCAAAGAAGCAAGCAGCAGUUCUGUCUGACUCCAGAAUGCAUCGAAGCAGCCGGAUCUAUUCUGAGUAAAAUGGAUCGGUCCAUUGAUCCCUGUGAGGACUUCUACACCUAUUCCUGCGGCGGAUGGCUGAAGGACAAUCCCAUUCCUGAGGAGUCGUCCUCGUACGGCAUCUACCCCUGGCUCCGGCAGCACGUUGACAUGCGACUCAAAGAGUUACUUGAAGCUCCGACUGACGCAAACGAGCUGGAGGCCGUGACCAAGGCCAAGAUCCUCUACCGGUCCUGUAUGAACGAGACGUUACUGGAAGAGAUGGACGCCAAGCCCAUGCUGAAGACGCUCAUGCAGCCUGAGUUUCGCUGGCCCGUGGUGGGCGACGGCCUCGGGGGUGACUUCCGGUGGUCCGAGGAGGAGUGGAGCCUGUUGAGGACGCUGGCUGAGAUGAGGAACCAGCACAGCAAGAGCGUCCUGAUCCGCCUCUACGUCUCGCCCGAUGACAAGAACUCCUCCAGAUAUGUCAUCAAGCUGGAUCAGGCCUCCUUGUCUCUGGCCUCGAGGGAGGACUACACCACCAACACCUCUGCUGCCCAGGCGUAUCGUGCAGCCUUGUUGAGUCUCAUGGUGGACACGGCCGUCAUGUUGGGCGCUCCCAAGACGACGACAACGAGGGUCCAGAUGGAAAAAGCGGUGGACUUUGAGACCCAGCUGGCUCACAUCCUGAUUCCCUAUGAGAACCGGACCAGUGAGAACAUGUACAACAGGUACACGCUGUCCCGGCUGCAGCGCCACAUGCCACAGUUUGAUUGGUUGGGCUUCGUCAAGUCUGUGGUGGAGUCCGACAGCGACAUGGAUCGCUCCAUCUCCUCCUCGGAGCCUGUCAUUGUUCGAGUGCCGCAGUACUUCAGGGACCUUGUCAAGCUCAUUAACGCCACAGAUCCAAGGACCAUCGCUAACUACGUACAAUGGAGAACAGUUUUUUCCAGGAUCACCACCCUCAGCCGCCGUUUCCUUUACAGAUACCUGGACUUUGCUCGGGUAACCACGGGAACGACAUCUCUGACCCCACGCUGGGACAAGUGCGUCAACUAUGUGGAGAACUCGCUCGUCUACGCCACGGGCCGCCUCUUUGUCGACACCCACUUCCAAGAGGACAAGAAACUUAUGAUGGACGAGCUGAUUGGCGGCGUUCGCUGGGCGUUCAUCGACAUGCUGCAGAAGGAGAACGAGUGGAUGGACGACUCGACCAAGGCCAGAGCCGUAGAAAAGGCUCAUGCCGUCCUGGCUAAAGUCGGCUACCCCGAGUUCAUCCUGAAUGACACCUACCUCAAUGAUGACUUAAACCAGCUAGAGUUCCUCGAGACGGACUACUACGGCAACGUGAUGCAGACGCUUAAGUUCAUUGCUCAGUCCGACGUGGCCUGGCUUCGUAGGAGGGUCCCGCGUACUGAGUGGUUCACAAACCCGACAACAGUCAACGCCUUCUACAGCUCAUCCACCAACCAGAUUAGAUUCCCAGCUGGUGAGCUGCAGAAGCCUUUCUUUUGGGGCAAAGCGUACCCAAGGUCUUUGAGUUACGGCGCCAUCGGUGUGAUCGUCGGACACGAGCUGACGCACGGUUUCGACAACAACGGCCGCAAAUACGACAAAGAUGGCAAUUUGGACCAGUGGUGGAGCAACUCGUCCGUGACGGCCUUCACCGACAAGACUCAGUGUAUGGUGGAGCAGUACAACGAAUACCUUUGGGAGGAGGCGGGAUUGAACGUGCGUGGCAAGAGGACGCUAGCAGAGAACAUCGCAGAUAACGGAGGAAUAAGACAAGCUUUCAGGGCGUACAGGCGCUGGGUGGACGAGAGCCGAGGCGGCACAGAGGAGCCUCUGCUGCCCGGAGUCGGACUGAACAACAACCAGCUGUUCUUCUUGAGCUACGCACAUGUCAGAUGUAACGCGUAUCGCCCGGAGGCGGCCAGGGACCAGAUACAGAGUGGAGCACACAGUCCACCGAAGUACCGGGUUGUCGGAGCCAUGAGCAACUUCCCUGAGUUCGGCAAGGCCUUCAGCUGCCCCGAGCUGUCAGGAAUGAACAGAGGUGCACAGUCCUGCCGAGUGUGGUGACCCUCGACCCCAGGCCCGACGGGGCUGUCGGAGCCGCCGGCUGACC